AUUUGGUGCCAAAACUCCGAAAUCUCUUGAACACCGACUUGUACAGGGUAAGCUCACCACCACCAAGCUCCGGUCAACCGCCGACCGUUGAUCGCCACCGACAUUUUAUUUCUUUAUCCUACCAACCCCAGAGCUUCAUCAACACCUCUCUGAUCCCCCAUUUCCCUUCUCCUCUAGGUUCUAUAUAGCUGAUCGCAGGCUCGUCCUGCGCAGCGCCCAACCUCCGCACAAAAUGCCGAAACGUAAGCUCCCUCCGACCGAACAACCCUCCGAACCACAAGAAGUAUCUCAACCUCGGCCUUCAAAACGUUUACGUUUCGCAAACUCGGCAUAUAACCCACCUUCUCGCGAUAUUCUCACCACAAUAUCCUCCGAACUUCUACUGCGGAUAUUAUCCUUCCUCUCGUCGUCAGAGCUACUGGACAUUUCCCCCACUUCACAGCGCCUUUACCGCCUUGCUUCGGAUCCUCAUCUCUGGCGCGAACAUUACUACGAGCGCUUUGUUCUACCGCGCGCUUUACGUAUACCUGGGUUUAGACUCGGUGGAGCUGGUGGCACGAAGUUACAGUAUUCCUCCCGACGAGCUGUGUGGGCAGAUGGACGGAAAGGAAGAGCGCCGGAGGAUGAGGUUCCAAGAGAGAGUAGUAAGACUGAGAGUGUCGACUGGAAGAGACAGUAUAAGCUACGUCACAACUGGGCCAGAGGAAAAUGCGCCGUGGAGGAGGUCAGCGUGCGAGAUGCGCCAGAUGAGAAUGGGGGACAGAAGAGGACGUUGGUCAAGGUCGUGGAGGGUAUUGCAAUAACGGCCGAUUCGGAAUAUGGACUGCGCGCAUGGGAUCUUCGAACACGACGACCGAUUGCGCAGCUCGGCCUGCACGAGGAAAACGAAAGCGAUGACAAUGCGCCGACAUCACUUGCGGUGGACGAAAGCGGUUCUGGAACAGUGGUGGAUAUAGUGGUGGGAUUCGCAGAUGGCGGUUUCGGGCUUUGGCGGUUGAACCUCGAGCGACAAGAACUAUUACGGAGAUACCGGCACGAGAAAAGCUGCAAUGGAGAACUUGUCGCUAUCGCUUGCGGAUAUCCUUAUGUCCUAACAGCGACGACAGCGGGCUUGAUAUCGCUAUACACAUUCAACCGCCCAGAUGACAAACCUUCUAACGACGCUGCGAAUAGUGUCAAUGAUGAACCGCCAUUGAAAGCGACAGAGAAACCACCGAGCACGGUUCUGCCGCCUCCAUAUCUCCUCACAUCGCUCAAGUCGCACACCACCCACUUACCACUCGCUCUAUCGAUACGGCGCAUGUCGUCCUCUGUGAGCGCCUCCAUCGCCUACACCUUCUCCGUCCGAGACGGCUGGUGUAUCGGCAUUCAGGACUUACUGAUAACGCCGCCAUCUGAUGGCUCCGGCGUCGACACACUAUCCUCCCGCCUCGCAUCGACGCUCCCCAUCACAGCCUCAGGCGGCGCUGACUCUCCUCUAACCAAUGAGUCACGACCAGAGCUUACGACCCUUUGCUACAGCCACCCGUAUCUCCUCGCCACACUACCCGACAACACUCUCGUCCUAUACCUCUGCACCUCGACCGCGAUAUCCCUAUCACUAUCCCUGGGCAUCCGCCUCUGGGGCCACACAUCAGGCAUCUCAGAUGCGGAGAUCACACCGCGGGGUAAGGCCGUGAGCAUUAGCACGCGAGGAGACGAGAUCCGCGUAUGGGAGCUGGAGGGCCGCGGCGGAGGCAGCAGCAUCGAGGUACGACCUACGAGCAGGCAGCCAGCCGAUGACGCGGACAGCCCUACAUCCGCGCCAAGGGCUGAGUGGGAGGACCGCAGGAAUUGGGUUGGCUUCGAUGAUGAGAUGGUCAUCGUUCUCAAAGAGGCGCGAGACGGUCGCGAGAGCCUGAUGGUCUACGACUUUACAUGAUCCCAAUUGCCUCACGCCGUCAUAUUAGACGUGCCAGAAGAAGCACCACCAUGACCACAUUGGGACACGCGCAACAGGAGACUGUGUCGCGACUUUGCCAGCAAUGGCAAUCGCCGCCGCCUCCAGUUCACGCCACGCUCCAGGGGAGAAAUUCCGGCCACCCGUGGCAUGCUGAGAAUCGCGGCGCUCUGGAACUUACACCAUCCGGGAGCGUGGGAAGAGCCUCUCUGAUAGUACUGAAGCCACCACCACAAACCAAUCGUCUUCAGUUGAGGCUCCUGGGGUCAAGGCAGCACGGCUGAAAAGUCCUAGCAAGCCUGGCUGACGCAAAAGCAAAUACAAAUUUGGCAGACACCUCGAUACGAGCAAGGGCACAAGAUAUAAUCGAUUGGUCAUGAGAUGGCAAUUGCGACAAUUGGUAGCCUAUUGCCCGGGCGUUACGAUUAAACUCUGAGCGGCAUUCCCGCCGACUGAUGGUCCUUCGCGGCGACUGGUUAGCACGACGCCUCAAGGCUGAAGCAGCGCCAGGCACGUCCCUUUGCUAGCUGGAGUUUAUUGAAAGGCAUGAAAAGCCAAUUAAAAAAAAACAAGGCAACUCCAAAACCAAGGUCGUACAAAAGCCGCAUCCGCAUCUCGUUCGUCAGGGGGUGGCUGUAAGAAGCCAAACUCUCUCCAGCGUAGCAUCUUAACCUGAGGCCAGCUGGGAUGACUUGUCAAAAAGCUUAGAAUAGCGAUUAUCCCAAUGCCGCAAAUAGAAAUCGUCCCUUGAAAGGGAAGAUCUCUCAAAGGCCCCUCGUUUCUGAAACGACAUCCAUUGAGUUGAGUCAAUAAAACGCCGGAAGUUUACUGGGAGAAGCCCCAGCUAAAUUGGUGUUGCAUGUCAUGUCAUGCAUUAUGUGGCUCCACGGCAUGAAAAAAAACCAAGGUCGUACUGACAGCGCACCAGAGGAAACAAAGGAAGAGGCGAGAGACCUACGGAGCAGACAGUACCGGUAGCUAUCAAUUGCACCUUACCAUUCCAAACGGUAGACGUGUUACACAGGACCAUUGGUUCACUGCGCCCAAGCAGAAGCUGACACGCUGAGUUGCUGGAUUGACCAAGGAUGUUGCUUCUGCCAGCGUAUCAGCUGCGCCAAUUGCAUCCCGCUCGAAUUGACAUGAUAAAGCCUCAAAUGCAGUGCUACUGUUUACCUGGCAGCCUCUUCUUUUCUUUUCCAGUCCUGAGCCCUUACUCCAGAAUUAGUGUACGCCACACUGGCUGCCCGCAUCUUCACCGUACAUUUGCUCUCAAUACUUAAGAGGCAAAAAAUAGAAGACGAUAGAUGGCCAGAGGCGAAUGCUCGGUCCCAUUGGGUAGCAUCAAAAUUGUCCGUACGAUAUUAGUAGAAACUGCACGUUGCCGCUGUUCGUAACCGCGUAAAGUGAUGCCCCCACCAGACGCGAGGGGUUCGACUUUCACAUGGCAAAGAUAGAGGGGGUCUUUGCUGUGUCUAGUCAAGUCUAGGAACCAGACCCAGAAGACGGGGAGGGAUUUGAGGUACCUCAGUGGGGCCGUCCGUUAUGGAGUUGAGUUGUCUUGUGGCUAUGGAUCAUAGUGGAGAUUCUUCUUUCCAGGCGGAGAAGUCGAGUGAAGGGAGGGAGUGUGAUUAUCAUGGACUUUGAUAUGCGGAGCAGCGUAGUUGUUCAAUGCCAUUGAAGUCAACAGAGGCAAUCAUCAAGUGAUCAGUAUCUUGGCUGAAGUGAUAUCUGAACAUGGAGCUAUCAGAACCUUGUUUUUGACCGCCGAAAUACUCAGAUCCGAGGAAGACCUGAAGUGAAUCGAAUUGAAUUUGACAAAACCACCCGUGCACGCGGCCCGAAUCUGCCUUAGCCGCUCAACAAGGCGGGCGAUAUAUCAACCGCCGCCUGAGAUUGGCCGAACCGAGAGACGGCACGUUGGAAAAAAGGGAAACGGAGGGCCGAAUUCGAGGGGCACAACGGACAGGACGGUGUAAGCAGACGGACUGCGGUUGGCGUCUAGAACUAAGACGGUGGAUCAACAUCUCUCACCGUUUCUUUGCGUUACAAAUGCCGAAGGGAAAAAGAAAACAAUGCUGCAAAGACGGGUCGCAGGUUCCAUUGCUCGAUUCAACCCAUCUCAAGCAAGCCAAGAGGUGGAGGCCCGAAGCCGAGGCAUGAUAUGCCG